GUGAAAAUACAACGAUUUUCCCGUAUAUAUAGUCGACGGGGCCCAACUUUCGAAGCGUACAAUCUUUAUUUGUCUCUCUCUCCCUCUCUAAGCGUUUCAGUUCAGAAAACUCUGCAACAACUUUCUAAAAUGCAGGCGAGUCGGUUACUCUCCGUUUCCUCCAACUCUCCGAGUUUCGGCAGUUUUUCCUCCGCCGUAGACCUCGCCGCCAUCGCAGCCCGCGUCGUCGAGGAAUUCAGAGACCAGGAGCCACAAUCCGAUUCCCACCGCGACGGCGAUGAUUUCGAGUUCGCCUUCGACUGUCCCAGCCGCAGAUUCUCCCACCCCAUCGCUACCGCCGACGAGAUUUUCUGCAACGGUCAGAUCCGUCCGUUGAUCCCGUACGGUGGUGGAAUCGCGAAUGCUCCGGUAUAUGGCAAAGGUGGAGAAUCUCAGCCGACGCCAUCUCCGCCGAAGAGUAAUCUACCCCGUCGUCAUCGACCGGCGUUGAGAAAACUGAUGAGCGAGGACCGAGAUCCGACGUCGAAUUCGUCUUCGGAGGCGGAGGAGGAUCUAAUCGGUGUUCCGCCGGAGACUUACUGUGUAUGGACACCUAAUCAAUCAAAUAGAGGUGGAGAUUCCAGAGAUGACGAUCUCCAAGGGCUCUCGUCUUCUCCAUCACAGAGCAAAAUCAAAAGCCAUUCCGCUGGAUUCUCUAAACGAUGGAAGCUCCGGAAUCUUCUGUACGCGAGAAGCAGUAGCGAAGGGAACGAGAAGCUCGUAUUUCCGGCGCCAGUUAAGAAGAGCGAUGAAACUAACUCCGAUCAAAGAGAAGAAGAAGAACCGACGUCGAAGGUGGUCGGAGAGGAAGAAAAGGAAAGCGAAGAGGCAAAACGACAGACAUUUGGGCCGUAUAGAAAGGAUAUGAUUGGAAUAUUGAAAAACGUGAAUGGGCUUAGUCGUCAUUUACAUCCUUUUUGAAGGUGACGUGGCUCUCAUGUAGAGAAACAGAAAUCGAAGACGCGGACUUUGGGUGGGCUUCGGUUUCUUUCUUUUUCCAACUUUUUUUUUUCUCUCUUCCUUUUAUUUCUCUCUCUCAACCUUUUUCUUUUGGUUUCCGAGAAAAUCUUGAGUGUUGGCAAGAAAGUGAAUAUUUCUUUAAUUAAAACCUCGAUGUGUCGGUUUGGUUAGAUAUAAGUUUUGGUGGUUGAUUGAUUAUUGGAAUGGAGACUAUUCGUUUUUA